AUGGACGUGGACGUGGACGUGGACGUGGACGUGGACGUGGACAUGGACAUGGACGUGGACGUGGACGUGGACGUGGACGUGGACGUGGACGUGGACAUGGACAUGGACAUGGACGUGGACGUGGACGUGGACGUGGACGUGGACGUGGACAUGGACGUGGACGUGGACGUGGACGUGGAUGUGGACGUGGACGUGGACAUGGACGUGAACGUGGACGUGGACCUGGACGUGGACGUGGACGUGGACGUGGACGUGGACGUGGACGUGGACGUGGACAUGGACGUGGACAUGGACGUGGACGUGGACGUGGACAUGGACGUGGACGUGGACGUGGACGUGGACGUGGACGUGGACGUUGACGUGGACGUGGACAUGGACAUGGACGUGGACGUGGACGUGGACGUUGACGUGGACUUGGACGUGGACGUGGACGUGGACGUGGACGUGGACCUGGACGUGGACGUGGACGUGGACGUGGACUUGGACGUGGACCUGGACGUGGACGUGGACGUGGACGUGGACGUGGACGUGGACGUGGACGUGGACGUGGACAUGGACGUGGACGUGGACGUGGACGUGGACCUGGACUUGGACGUGGACGUGGACGUGGACGUGGACUUGGACGUGGACCUGGACGUGGACGUGGACGUGGACGUGGACGUGGACGUGGACGUGGACGUGGACUUGGACGUGGACGUGGACGUGGACGUGGACGUGGACUUGGACGUGGACGUGGACGUGGACUUGGACGUGGACCUGGACAUGGACGUGGACGUGGACGUGGACGUGGACGUGGACGUGGACGUUUACGUGGACGUGGACAUGGACGUGGACGUGGACGUGGACAUGGACGUGGACAUGGACGUGGACAUGGACGUGGACGUGGACGUGGACAUGGACGUGGACGUGGACGUGGACCUGGACGUGGACGUGGACGUGGACGUGGACGUGGACGUGGACGUGGACGUGGACGUGGACGUGGACAUGGACGUGGACGUGGACGUGGACAUGGACGUGGACGUGGACGUGGACCUGUACGUGAACGUGGACGUGGACAUGGACGUGGACGUGGACGUGGACCUGUACGUGAACGUGGACGUGGACAUGGACGUGGACGUGGACAUGGACAUGGACGCGGACGUGGACGUGGACGUGGACUUGGACGUGGACUUGGACGUGGACUUGGACGUGGACUUGGACGUGGACAUGGACGUGGACAUGGACGUGGACGUGGACGUGGACGUGGACAUGGACGUGGACGUGGACAUGGACAUGGACGUGGACGUGGAUGUGGACGUGGACGUGGACGUGGACCUGGACGUGGACGUGGACGUGGACGUUUACGUGGACGUGGACCUGGACGUGGACGUGGACGUGGACAUGGACGUGGACGUGGACGUGGACAUGGACGUGGACAUGGACGUGGACAUGGACGUGGACGUGGACGUGGACAUGGACGUGGACGUGGACAUGGACAUGGACAUGGACGUGGACGUGGACGUGGACAUGGACAUGGACCUGGACAUGGACGACGUGGACGUGGACGUGGACGUGGACAUGGACGUGGACAUGGACGUGGACGUGGACGUGGACGUGGACAUGGACGUGGACGUGGACCUGGACGUGGACGUGGACGUGGACGUGGACGUGGACAUGGACGUGGACAUGGACGUGGACGUGGACGUGGACGUGGACGUGGACAUCGAUUGUGGCAAACACGAUCGUGAUGGGCGGUCCAUGAUCCGAGUAACAAUGCUUCACAUUUUAUACCGGUACGGAUUUCGCAGCUUCCCGGGCUCACAAACGCCCUUAUAUGGGGACGGUUCUUCAUGCACCGGGCCCGAUUGA